AUGAUAAGUUUUCUUAGGAAAAGAAAUAUAUUAGAUAAUUUCAUCAAGGCUCAUAUUGGACCGACAAGACAAAGUCCAAGAUCAUUUCAUCAUAGCACCCGAAUUAUGAACUCCAUUAAAGAUUUGAGUGAGAAUGUUUGGCAACCACAAGAUGCCUUGCCUAAACACAUCAAGGAUUUACUUACCCCUGGUACCCAACCAGUUAAUUACAUGUUUGCAUUUUUGCAGAUCAUUAGAUCAUUGAAGUAUCAAAAAAGAACUGGUUGGUUGGAUCAUGGCAUACCUGCAGAAGCAACUGAGAGUAUAGCUGAUCACAUGUAUCGUAUGGGUGUAAUAUCAAUGUUAGUUCCAAAAGAAGUAGAUUCGAAUAAGUGUGUCAAAAUUGCCAUUGUCCACGAUAUAGCUGAAUGUUUGGUAGGGGACAUCACGCCAUAUGCUGGAAUCACCAAAGCUGAGAAACAUCGUAGAGAAUUGGCCACCAUUAAUUAUCUCAGCGAGUUGAUUAAACCUUAUAACGAAGAAUUUUCCAAAGAAAUGUUGGAAUUGUGGUUGGACUAUGAAGAAAUUAGAAAUUUGGAAGCCAGAUACGUUAAGGAUAUCGACAAGUAUGAAAUGAUUCAAACAGCUUGGGAAUACGAAUUGCAAUUUGGAUUGAAACAUAAUUUAGAUCAGUUUUAUACCGCAAGACAAGCAAUCAAAACUAGUGAAAUUGGAGAGUUGUGUGAUGCCUUAUUAGAAAAGAGAGAUGAGUUGAUUAAACAGUUGAAAGCACAAGAGUCCUGA